GGUGGCCGCGGUGCGCCUUUUUGCAUGCGGCCGGGCAUUCAUCAAUACCGGAUCUGGUCCUCUUCCGGAGGUGGAUCCUGAUCAGCCCCCCUCCCCUCUCCCCCUCGCACCUUGCCCCUCCUUCCCAGCAAUCCGCAUCUCUUGUCUGUGCCCUGCCCCGCCCCGGUUCGAAGUGGCCUUGGUCUCCAUAUGUCGGAGAGCCCGCAGUCCAAUCUCCGGUCGUACUAUGCCCUGCCCGGGCCGCCGGACACCCCGCCUUGGGGCAUGUCCCCCGGCCAGAGGGCAAGGCGCCAGCGGGACCCUUUGCUGGAUCUUCGACCGGAUCCCGAGGCGGAUUUCUACCUCGGCGAGGGGAAUCCCCUGAGCAUCACGUCCUUCGUGGCUGACACCACCUUUGACGCCGGGGCCACGGCCCGGCGGCCAGGUCCCGAUCAGCAGGGCCCCUCGGAGCGCGCUGCCCCGGCGAGCGAGCCAAAUCCCCUUCCCUCCCCGCUGUUCAAUGCCGGGACCGGUGCCGCCGGGGAGGACGACCCGCUGGACCUCUCGGGCCCGAGUCAGGAGCAGCUGCUCGUCGAAUGGUUCGGCGCUUCGGGGCUGAAUGCCACGCAGUUGAGCCGGCAUUUGGGGGUCCGCGAGCCGCGGCGGAAGCGCCCGCGCCCGAUGCCCACUCGAGCGGCGGUCGCCGUCCCCAAGGCCGAGCUGCCGAUCGGGUCGGUGGCCGAGCACCCUCGUCAUCGGCCGGUCGGGCGGCCCGCCGGCGUCGGCGAUGCCCCGGCCACCCACCCCGCACCAGACCCCAUCUAUCAUCAGCUCCCCUCGUCGCCGGGCAAUUUGCAUCCUCUGUGGCCAAAGCCCGCCCCGGGUGUCGUGGAUCUCGCCGCCGCCAGCCCGGAGUCGGAUGUUGUCUCGUUCGAUGGGCCCCCCUCCGAGGAUGAUGCGCUGCCCCCCUCGUGGGACACUUUUGCACACCCCCUUCGGACAGCCGCAGCCGAGGAGCCUCCCGCCUUGCGAGAUGCCUCCUCCCGGUCGCCAGCCCGGCUUUCGAGUGCUCCGGCGCCAGCGGCCUCUCCCCCGCCAGCUGGCCCGGGCGCUGGGGCCAGCUCCCCCGCCAUUUUGCAUGCUGCUCAGAUGCCACACACCGAAGCCCGCCGGCAUGUGCCCACCCCCGUGGACGGGGUGGCCCGUGUGAAUGGCUCCUCCGAUCGGACGGGCUUGUCCUCCAGCCUGCUGGGCCUCGGCUCCGCAUCCGACGAGGGGAUGCCUCUCCCGACAACCACAUCGAGCCGGCUUGCCCAGCCGCUGGACCCCCUCGCGGCCUCCCGCCCGAUGGCCCCCGCCACGCGUCCGCUGUCCACCGACGGCCAUCGGACCCUUUCGUCCCUGAUUGCGCCGGCCUCCCCGCCUUCGGUCCGCGAGGCGACACCACCCCCGGCCCCGGCCGAUCCUGCUCCCGCCUUGGCCGACAUCUCGACCAUCCCCCUCGAGCAUGAUGUCUUCGAGUUGGACUUUGCACUGCCCGAUGAACCCUCGCCCCCGGUGGGCUCCCCCUCCACCGGGGCCGCUCACUGGUCGAUGUCUUCCUCCAACGCAUCGGCCCAUGCCGUGGAGGCAAGUGCUGCCAUGGGGAAUCAUGACACUCAGCCUGAUCGCCGUCCGUGGACCGCCCACCCGGCGCCGGUCGGCGCCUCCAGCGCCAGAUGGCCCCCCUCCCGGCCAAGUACCUCGCCCGCCUUGGGUACCGCGGCGUCGAAUGGAAAUGCGUCGCUCGCGUCGUUGGCCGCCAAUCACUGGCAUCUGGGGGCCCAUUCGCGACCGGUCUCGCGCGCGGAUGGGGCCGCCACGGGCCUCGGCAAUGCAGCCCCGGUCGAUCCCUUCCAACAUCUUCCCAAGCGUCACUUGAGUUCUCGCGGGUCCUUCAGCGACCUGGCCGCCUUGCGGUCACGGCUCCAGGCACGCUCGGUCCAGCGCCCGCGUUCGGCUCCGGGGGGCCCGCCCGGGGGCGGGUCCACCCCUGUGGCCGGGCGCGCGGUGUUGAUCGGCGCGCGGCGCCUUGCAUCGGGCCCCCCCGGGGCCGGAGACCUGGCGGAUGUGGCCAUCCGCAGUCCGCGCGUGCGUCAGCUUCUUCAAAGUGUCGGGACAAUUGUCCCCGGCGAUGGCGGUGCCCCGGCCGCCGGCCCGGCUCGCCCGCACACGGCCCCCGCCCCGGCGGCCCCGGCCCCGGCCCCGGCCCCGGCCCCGGACCCGCCAUUCUUCCUGUCGUCAGCGACCUCGGGGGCGAGUCUACGUCCUGGUGCGGAGCGUCCCGCCUCCGCCUCCGCCUCCGCCCCCGCCUCCGCAUCCUCGGCAUCCAUCUCUCCCAUGCUGGGCUCGGGACCUGUGGCAGCGGCCAGCAGCAUGUCACUCGCCGACCCCCUGCCGGCCUCGGCUCCGGUGUCCACGCAGGCCUCGGCACCGAUUCGCUCUCCUGCCCCACGGCCAGCCUCCUUCCUCACGAUUGGCAGUGUUCGAUCGGAUGGUGGCCAGGCCACCCCCCUUGCCCCGGGCAGCCCCUCCUCCACUGGGUCCGCCACCCGCUCGCGUCUCCUGCAGCAGGCCCUGUCCAGUGGGUCGCCAAGACGGCGCGCCCUCUAG